AUGGCCUCUGACAAGCACUCGGAAAGGGCCCCCUCCCUUAUGGACGACCAUGCCGUCGCCCAUCUCGCCCUCCCCAACGACGAGGCCACCCUGUUCGCCAGCCCCCUUCCGAUCGUCGGCGAGCGCAAGACGACUACCAGGAAGGAAGUCUGGUCUUGGUACAUCUACUAUGUCGGAAAUUCUGGCCUUGGUCCCUUCAACUUCGCCAUCUCGGCGUGGCAGAAUCUGCUGUACCAAGCUGGCUGGGACCCGGCGUUUCCGAAGGGUACCGUGGCAUGUGGAGAUGGGAGCUGCAAUCUGGUUGCCUAUGGCCAAGAACGUUCAGUAAACUCCAUCGUGCUCAUCACUAACGGCCUAUCAUUCGCUUUCCAAGCCGUCAUCUUCCUCCUCGUGGGAUCGUUUGCAGACUAUGGAGUAUGGCGGCCGCAUAUCACGACUGGCUUUACUGUCCUGGCAUGGGCUGUCAGUUUCGCCUGGCUGGGCGUGGAAAAGCCUUCAAAAUGGGAGGCAGGGACAGCAUUGUACAUCAUGGGUCUGAUAGGCUACCAAGGGGCACUCACAUUCUGGACGGCCGCUUUCCCAGGCUUGGCCCGUGAUCUUCCUGAGAUCAAAGAGAGUGAAGAAAAACUGGCUUCUGGCGAUACCGACCAAAAGACGCAUGACACAUUAGACAUGCUUGCCCGAAAUCGUCUCGCCAACGUCUCUUUCCUCGUCUGUUCUUUAGGUGAACUGGUGGUCCUUGCGAUCCUCGCGGGUAUCUUGGAGGGUGUCAUCAAUGAUGAUGCGGAUAGCAAUACGAAGGCGUUGAGUAUCGUGUGUGCUUAUAGUGCCGGUGUUUGGAUCGUCUGUGCUAUCCCAUGGCUCAUAUUCGAGCAAUAUCGGCCGGGUAAUCAGCUCCCUCCGAGGACAUCAUACCUCACUGUCGGCGUCAAGCAAAUCUACCAUGCGUUCAGACUCUGCUUGAGGCUCAAACAGACUUUCAUCUACUUGGCGGCAUACUUUUUCCUCGGAGACUGUCUCAACACUCUUGUCACUGUGAUUGCGACUCUGCAAAACGAGGUGGUCUCGUACGAUACCAAGAUGCUGAACUAUCUUCUGAUAGAUGGUAUCGGGGCACAAGCUAUCGGUAUUGGCCUCUUCUGGCUCGUCCAGAAAAAGUGGACUAUCCCCACAAAGAAUAUGCUCCUCUUCAAUGCCUUCUGGAUUCUUGUGCUCGCUGCUUGGGGAUGUAUCGGCAUCACGCAGACAAAGUUUGGUUUCCACAACGCAUGGGAGUUUUGGGCGUAUCAGGCCUUCUAUGGGAUUGCUGUUUGUCCUUGGUAUGCUAUAUCUCAAGCGAUGAUUUCAGAAGUCGUGCCGAGGGGCAAAGAAUUCCUUUUCUUUGCCCUCUUCUCCAUCAUCGGCAAAACAUCCUCCUUCAUCGGUCCCUUUGUCUCUUCCGCCAUUAUCGACGACAGCGGCAACACUGACAUGCCCUUCACCUUCCUCCUCGGCCUCGGGGUCGUCUCCGUCGGCAUCCUCGCCUGCGUCGACGUGGAAAAGUCGAGGAGGGAAUGUAGAAAGUAUCUGGAGGACGAAGCGAUCAGGGUGUAUGGGAUGGAUGCGGAGGAUAUUGGAGUUGUGCGGGAGGCAGUGGAGAUGGAUGGAUUGAGGAAGGAGGACGACAAGUCGAAAAAUGCGUAG